AUGGAUAAUAGACCUGCCACCGAAGGAGAAUUAAAAAAAUAUGCCUUUUUUAACUCUUUACUAAACUUAAAACCAGAAAGAACAAAACCACCAGUGAAUGCUGAAUUAUGGAUACAAUAUAAAGUUGUUAAGAGUGAUAAUGCAACCUAUACUUAUACAAUCACUAAUCAAGUUACUCUGGAUGGGAAGAAUGAAAAUCAAAAAUAUGUAAUCUCUGGUAUUGUUGAGGAUCUUACUAAUCGAACAGAAACUGACCACGAAUCGCGAAUAAUAGGUCAUCUACGUGAAGUUGGUUACUUCUACGAUUCAAGAAGACCAACUAAUGAUGAAAUGCGUAUAGUAAAAUAUAACAAUACCCUUUAUAUUGACCUAGUAAAAGUGGUAUCAAUUCACUUUUUAAAAAUACUAUCCAAUACCUUUUUUUUUAAUAACAUGGAAACGACUAAAGAACGAGUCAGAAAAUUAUUUCAAUACGCAGAAACAGUG